GUCCAAUUCACUGAUUGACCACACGCGGAAUUCGCCCAGAAUGUGCACAGCGAGUUUCUGCAUUCAUCUCAGCAACUGUCUGCCCUCGCCCGAUGCCCCUGAUUGCUAGCUGUGAAGGCAAACUUCACCGCGCCAACACCACGAGCCCGGUCCCAGGCGCUUUUGUAGCGCCAAUUCGCGGAUGGGCUCCCCAACAGGCACCGGCAGGGAUCGCGCCUUCUUGCAAGCUUUCCACCAGCAGUCCACUUCAGAGGCGGCCGCUAGAUACGCUACUGCUGCCGCUCAAGACUUCGCCGACGCACCCUCCGCUCACUCGGAUUCUGCAAGGCAAUUCGACACGACGCCCCAUCGUCCAGCCGAUCUGCCCUCGCUUAGAUCUACAGUGAGGCUUGGAGCCAAGGGUACAGAUGUUCAUACUCCUUGGUAUGAUAUCAAGUUCUACCCCUACACACCGCCCGGUGUGGAUCCCGUCUUCGCCGUUGUUGGUGACCGAGAGACCGUUGUAUGCAGAUGCGUGCUCGAAAAAGGCAAUGCUAUCGAAGUUCUCAAGUGGUUCAAGGAUGAAGAAGAGGCAGAGGAGUGGACACUCAACAGCCUCGAGUGGGCACAAGCAGAGAAUGGAGACCCACUUGUCUGCAUUACGGGCUCAGUUGCCAAGAUCAAGGUUCUGAACGUGAGGACGGGAGAAUUAGCUACGACGUUGACAGGACAUGGCGCGCUUAUCAACGAUUUGACCAUAUCUCCCCUCACUCCCCGAAUACUAGCUUCCGGCUCUAUGGACCAUUCCAUACGGAUAUGGAGUUUAGAUCCCAAGCACAGCAAGAACCCCACCAUGGUAAAAUGUGGUGGGGGCGGGCACAAAGAAGGCAUUCUGGCAGUAGCAUUCCAUAGAAAUGGCCGUUAUCUGCUUUCUGGUGGUAUGGACACCAUGGUCAACCUCUGGGUAUUACCAGAACUUCCCAAUGAAACCGCAGGGACGGACAAGACGACCCUCGUACACUAUCCCCACUUCUCAACUACCGAGAUUCAUACCGACUUCGUAGAUUGCAUUCGCUUCUACGGCGACCUCAUAAUCUCGCGGUCCGCCAAAGAAAACAAAAUCCUCCUCUGGCGCAUCGACGGCUUCAACUCCGAUGAUCCCCUUCCCUCUCUAUCUGAAGCCCCAAUCCCCCCUUUCUCCUCUGCCAACAGCUCCCGUACCAAUCACCAAACUCAGAACUCUGACUCCUCCGGCACUCGCUCCGCCUGGCGCGGCCGUUUCCAGCGCCUUCUCCAAUUCGAUGCCCCUCACACUCAGCUCUUCUACAUGCGCUUCGGUCUCUUUCACGAGCUAGGUCACUCCCCGAUCCUGGUAAUGGGAAACGAAAAGAGCAAGAUCUUCUUCUGGGAUCUGCAUAGGCUCGAGAGUGGCGACGUGAACCUGAGCGGCAACACAAAGCUGAGAUCUAGGAGCAAGAAAGGCAAAGACAAAGAAAGCCUCGCCCGUGUUCGUGAAGAAAGCAUCGCCGAGUCCGCAACCUCAGGGGCCAGUGAGGCGACUAGUGCACAGGCGUCGAGUUUAGGAUCUUUUUCUGUGAGUGGAAAGGGCAAGGGGAAGGCGGUUGUGGGCCCUGGGGCUGCAAAGGCUAUCGGAGACCCCUUCUUCCCGAUUCCGGCGCAUAAGAGCGUGGUUAUCCCCAAGGUGAAUUUUGCGACAAGGCAGAUUGCGUGGAGUAGGGGUGGUGAGUGGUGUGUGGUGGUUGGAGACGAGGCGAUGAUUUGUUUGUUUCGGCGGUGGGGGUAGGGUGGUUGGUAGGUGGAGGUGUGGUGGACUAAGUAACCCCCUGACGAAUGCUUCGGGUAGAAAAUGUAAGAAUUCAUUGAGAAGGUUUAAAAGUUCAAAGAGUAGAAGUUGGUAAUGGUUUGAGAAGCGGGAGUUGUUGUGGCUGUUGCGGGGCUGAUUUUACAGACUCUUUCUAACAUGAAGCCCUAUAACAGUUGGUUUGCGGACACGAAAAUUUGGUAGACGCAUCCAAGAUGACU